AUGCAUGUGGAAGACUUUGUCCAGGUGUCCCUGACUCUGUCUCUUCUGUCCCUCUCAGGUCUGCAGGCCCAGGUGGUCCAGGUGAACGAUACUGUAUCGGGCUUCAUUGGCACAGAUGUUGUGCUCCACUGUAGCUUUUCCAACCCGCUGCCUACGGUGAGGAUCACCCAGAUGACCUGGCAAAAAGCCACCAAUGGUUCCAAGCAGAAUGUGGCCAUCUACAAUCCAAAUAUGGGAGUCUCUGUGCUGGCUCCCUACCGAGAGCGUGUGACCUUCCUCCGGCCAUCCUUCAUUGAUGGUACCAUCCGUCUCUCCCAUCUUGAGCUGGAGGAUGAGGGCGUCUACAUCUGUGAGUUUGCUACUUUCCCCACAGGGAACAAGGAGAGCCAGCUCAACCUCACCGUUCUAGCCAAACCAACCAACUGGAUGGAAGUCACAAAGAAAAUCCUGACUGCCAAGACUGGACAGACAGAAAAGGUCCUGGUGGCCACUUGCACCUCAGCCAAUGGGAAACCACCCAGUACUGUUUCAUGGGACACUCGGCUGAAGGGUGAGGCUGAAUUCCAGGAGAUCCGGCACCCCAAUGGCACAGUGACUGUGAUCAGCCGAUACCGCCUAGUGCCCAGUCGAGAAGCCCACCAACAACCUCUGGCUUGUGUUGUCAACUACCAACUGGACCGAUUCAGUGACAGCGUCACCCUCAAUGUGCAGUAUGAACCUGAGGUAACCAUCGAGGGCUUUGAUGGAAACUGGUAUCUGAAACGGAUGGAUGUGAAACUCACUUGCCAGUGUGAUGCCAACCCUCCGGUCACCCACUACCAAUGGAAAAUGUUGAAUGGCACUCUCCCCUCAACUAUGGACACCCAAAACAAAACCCUCUUUUUCAAGGGGCCUGUGACCUAUAGCCUGUCUGGGACCUACAUCUGUGAAGCUACCAAUCCCAUUGGCACACGCUCAGGCAUGGUAGAGGUCAAUAUCACAGAGUUCCCCUACACCCCGUCUCCAACUGAACACGGCAAGCGAUCUGGGUCCAGCGUCCCCACAGCCAUCAUUGGGGGCGUGGUGGGGGGCAUCCUCCUGGUGCUGGCUGUGGCCGGGGUGCUUGUGGUCAUCUUCCGCCGGCGCCGACACACCUUCAAGGGCGACUACAGCACCAAGAAGCAUGUCUACGGAAAUGGCUAUAGCAAGGCGGGCAUCCCACAACACCAUCCACCCAUGGCCCAGAACCUCCAGUACCCCGACGACUCAGAUGAUGAGAAGAAGGCUGGGCCGCUGGGUGGGAGCAGCUAUGAGGAAGAAGAGGAAGAGGAGGGUGGGGGGGAGAGGAAAGUCGGGCCCCCGCACCCCAAGUUUGACGAGGACGUCAAGCGCCCCUACUUCACCGUGGACGAGGCUGAGGCCCGCUCUGACGGCUACGGGGACCGGACUCUUGGCUACCAGUAUGACCCUGAGCAGCUGGACUUGGCUGAGAACAUGGUUUCUCAGAAUGACGGGUCUUUCAUUUCCAAGAAAGAGUGGUAUGUGUAGCCCCACCUGUACGCCCUCCCCCCUUCACCCGCACGUCCCCAGCCCCCAGGCCCCCAAGGAGCUCCACAGAGACUCGUGCGCCCCACCCUGAAGCCCCCACUAUGCUUGAGAGGUAUGUGAGGGGCAGGAUCAAGAUGAGGCAGGGGGCUACUUUUCUUUCUUUUUUAUCUCUUUCCUGGAUGACUCUGCCUUGCCCUCCCCGCCCCCUCCUCCACCCUUGCUCCCACUUUCUGUGGUGUUGUGUUCGACUGUGGCUUUGGUGUUCCUGUACUUUCCUUUGACUACUAUCUGCCCCGUGUAUAUGGAGCCUGUUCAUGUCUUGUUGUGUUCCUCGACCCUGGGAUAGGAGGGGGCAACGGUGCCCGGCCAUCUCCCCUUCCCCCCUCAUCCCCUGUCCCCAGACACUGGAAUUUGUUUAUAUGUUGUCUACAUUUUUAUUUUUUCUUUAUGGAGGGGGAGGACUCCCCAGGAAGAAACCCGACCCACCUCUCCCUCCCCAAUGCCAUUCCCUUUUCCUAGGUUGGGUGAACCUAGGUCCACAUUCCUGUUUCUACCCAUCAUGACUUAGCUUUGUGAACAGAUAACUAUAGACAGCCCACGCUCAUCCCAAAAGGAAGGAAUAAAGACUUAGAGGAAAGAGUAGGUGGGAACGGGCUGCUGCC